AUGGUUUCCUACAGAUUGGUCGCUCUCGGAGCUGCCGGUGUGCACUUCAUGGGCGCAAAUGCUGCACUCACUGUCCCUGUCCCUGUCCCUGCCGUCAGCAGUAUCGUUAAUGGACUCACCACCACUUCCGGCGUUCUCGCAGGUGCAACCAGUGUGGCUGGGGGUGUUGUUGGUGAUGCGAGCAGUAUCGUGUCCUCCCUCGUCUCCCAGGUCACCUCUCUCGUCGGGACUGGGUUGCCAAGCAGCGAUGUAAGCCAGCUCACCUCUGCUAUCGACAGUGCUGUGAGCAACCUGCCUGCAACCAGCGCUGCGGCUGCCAUCACCUCUAUUCUUUCGAGUGUUGCUAGCGAGUUGCCCUCCAACGCUGCGUCCGACAUCUCCGUCAUCGCCUCGGCCGCUACGAGUGCGCUUGGUGGUGCUGCUACUUCGCUCGCCGGUGGUGUCGUCUCGGACGCCACUUCAAUCGCUGGUGCCGCCACUUCGCUCGCCGGUGGUGUCGUCUCAGACGCCACUUCAAUCGCUGGUGCCGCCACUUCGCUCGUCGGCGGUGUUGUUUCAGACGCCACUUCAAUCGCUGGUGCCGCCACUUCGCUCGCCGGUGGUGUCGUCUCAGACGCCACUUCAAUCGCUGGUGCCGCCACUUCGCUCGUCGGCGGUGUUGUUUCAGACGCCACUUCAAUCGCUGGCGCUGCCACUUCGCUCGUCGGCGGUGUUGUUUCAGACGCCACUUCAAUCGCUGGUGCUGCCACUUCGCUCGUCGGCGGUGUCGUCUCGGAGGCUACCUCUCUUGCUGGAGAGGCCACCUCGAUCGUUGGUGGUAUCACCUCAGCUCUCCCUACAGGUCUUCCCCUGACCUCCGAUUUGCCUUCCAGUGUUUUGUCAGGUGUUCUCGGCGCUGGCAGCACCACCAGAAUCCCUGGUAUUCCUUUCUCGACUGUACCGCUCCCCACCGGUAUCUUGACCGAGCUUCCUUCAGGUGUCGUUUCCAGCAUCUUGAGUGGCCUUCCUUCUAGCGACCUGCCUUCAGGUUUUUCGACCAUGAACCCUACCUCUAUCCUCACUGGUCUUCCCUCGGGUGUCAUCUCGACUCCCUCGGGUGUCAUCUCCAGCAUCUUGAGCGGCCUUCCUUCUAGCGACCUGCCUUCGGGUGCUUCCACUCUCAACCCCACCUCUGUCCUCACUGGCCUUCCCUCUGGUGUCAUCUCCAGCAUUCUCGGCAACCUUCCUUCCAGCGUCCUGAGCGGUCUUACUACCCCUUCUGGUAGUGCUACUGGCUCCGCUUCGAGAUCGGCUUCUGCAACAAACUCCGCAUCAUCUGCUCUCCCAACCCAGCUGACAAUUAACGGUGUCACUUUCGGCCUCGAGUACAACAAGACAUACCUUGGAGUCACCCUUGACAUUGGAGCCACCUUGGCCAAGAGACAAGGCCAGACUUUCGAGGGCUGUGUAGCCGAUUGUGCUGCAGAUGUCACUUGCAAGGGCACCGCAUUUGAUACCGCUACCGGUCUCUGCACAUUCUACCGCUGCGUUGACCUUGCUUCGGGUCAAGCUGCUCCCGGUAUUGACUUUGCCCUCUUUGAAUCCAGUGUUGUUGAUUCGAGAUCGGGUGUCGCUUGUGGUCCCGAUGUUGUCGCAACUUCUGGCGCUCCUGCCUCUACCGGCAACGCAAUUGGCGCAUCUCCAGUCGUUGGUGGUGGUGCGGUCGUCACUGGAGCUCCUGGCUCAGGCUCAGGCUCGGGCGUUGGUGGACAACCCUUCACCACUGUCUUCACCGUUACUGCCUGCCCUUCCACAGUCACCGACUGCCCUGCUUCUGAGAAAACUACCUACCUCAGCACCGCUACUCUCGAUGGAGCCGCUGCAUCUGGCCUUGUGACCGCCACCCUCUACAGCACCUCUGUUCAGACCAUCUACUCUUGCGCUCCCACCGUCACCAACUGCCCUCUCAGAAACGGAGCUUCCACUACUACCGAUGUCAUUGUCGCUUACACCACUGUUUGCCCUGCUGCCCAGGCUUCUGCUCUCAUUGCUGCAAACGGCUCUGGCUCCAACUCUGGCUCCAACUCUGGUUCCGGCUCAGGUUACGUCUCGAACGGAUCUGGAUCCAACUCCAACUCCAACAUCGCUGUCAUUGGUCAGAAUGGCAAUGCUGCCAACUCUGGCUCCAACGGAUCUUCUGGCUCAAACCUUCCCGUCGUCUCGGUCAUCAUCUACACUAGCGGCGGUACUGUCUACACAACCACUACGAGCUGCCCUACCGUCAGCACAAUGGCACCUACUGUCAACGGCAAUGUUGUUGUCGGCACUCAAGUACCUGGCUCCAACGCUCCUGGCUCCAACACCCCUGCUGCCAACGCACCCGGCUCUUCGCCCAACGGUGUUCCUCAGAACGCCGCCCCUGGCACAAACGCCUACGUCGCCGUCUCCUGCAGCAACGGUGUUUGCCAGAACUCGACCAAGACCGCUUCCACUGUCACCGGCACCAGCUCUCCCAGCAUGGCCAUCUUCACUGGCGCUGCUUCGCUCGUGACCCCUGGCAUGAUUCUUGGAGGCGCUGCUGCUCUGUUUGGUGCUUUGAUGAUGUAA